AAAUUACCAGCUGAGGCUAGUGUUAACAGUUUGCAAUUGCAUGAGAUUCCAGAAGAAUUGAAGGACUUGAAUAAUUUAGAACAACAUUUAAUUGCACGUAACAUAAGUUUUUUCAAAUUAAUCCGUUUACCUAAGGGAGGUCAAAAUGCAGUUCAUGGACCAGUUGUUUGUGUGCCUUCGAAUACAAUGAAAACUGUAAAUAUGCUACCUCCACCAGAAAGAGAAGAUCAAUUGAUCCGUGUGAAAUUGAAAAGGAAAAUAUCUUAUAAGGGCCAUCAUGAGUAUAAAUUUGUUAACAAAAAUAAGGUGCUAAAUGGGUUGCACUAUUUGAAAAAAAACAAUAAGUGGUAUUCUGAUAUAAGUAUCAAUGAAAACUGGAAUAAUUCGUUGUCAGGAGAAAUGUGUAGUGCAGAAACAAACGACAAUGACGAUUCAAUUCAAAACUUUGAAGAACAGGAAAAUGAUGACCAAGAAGCAAGGUUAAAUGGAAUUCAACUUGAUACCUGCUUGCAACCAGUUGAUAUUGGACAAGAAAUCCUUGAUCAACAUUUUGAUGAUAUUUUCUGUUGUGCUCCAUGUGAAGGCAACAAUCCCAUAGCACUUCUUAGAGAUGAAAGCAAUGAACCUAAAUCUUUUCCUGUAUUAUUUCCAAAAGGUCAACCAACUUAUCAUGAUUUCAGAAGUGUACAGGUGACCCUUGGAAGAUAUCUUCAAAAUAGGCUAAUGCACGUAGAUAAUCGCUUUGCUAAAAGUACAGAUUUUAUUUUUUAUGCUCAGUGCAUUUAUGAAAUUCAACAAGUUUUGUCCGGUGUUUCAAUUGCAUUGAGAAAAACAUCAAGUAAAAGUGAUACUGAUGCACCAAUCACUAUCAAAGAUUUAAAACAAAUUGACAAAGUUCAGGACAUAUUAAAAUCAGAUAGAGGGUUUCGCUUUCUGAAACAGAUAAGAGGUUCUCCUCCAUAUUGGUCUGCCACACAAAAAGAUUUAUUAGCCAUGGUGAGACAGCUUGGUAUACCUACAUGGUUUGGAAGUUUCUCGGCAGCAGACAUGAGAUGGCCUGAAGUAUUAAAUACUUUAUUAAUGGAAAGAGGUGAUAAACGAAAAAUCAAUGACCUAGAUUGGACAGAUAAAUGUGAACUUUUAAAGUCAAAUCCAGUGACUGUUGCAAGAAUGUUUGACAAAAGAUUUCACACUUUUUUGAAAAAUGUUAUUUUGUCUGAAGCACAUCCCAUUGGUCAUGUAAUAGAUUAUUUUUAUCGUGUUGAAUUCCAACAGCGAGGAUCUCCACACACACAUUGUUUAUUCUGGGUAAAGGAUGCACCAGAGCAUGGAUAUAGUUCAGAUGAGGAAGUAGUUUCCUUUAUUGAUAAAUACAUUUCUUGCAAGAUACCAUCCGAACAAGAAGAUCCAGAACUCCAUGAAAUAAUCACUCAUGUGCAGCAGCAUAGCAAAAAGCAUUCAAAAUCUUGUAAAAAGAAGGGAAAAACAUGUCGGUUCAAUUUUCCAAGACCACCAUCUGAUAGAACAUGUGUACUUUAUCCCAAAGAGGGUAAUCCUGAUGAAAUUGAUAGUGCAAAACAAUUAUUAGAAUCUAUCAAAAACGCUGUAAAUCAGGAAAAUAAUUACACUAAUGUCUCAGACCUUUUUAAAGAUUGUAACACAACACAGACUGAAUUUGAAACUGCAACUAGGUUAUUAGCUAAACAAGAAAUUUUGAUCAAGAAAAGAGACCCCAAAGAUGUAUGGAUAAAUCAGUACAAUCCUUUUCUACUGAGAGCAUGGAAUGCAAAUAUGGACUUACAAUUUGUUAUGGAUGUUUAUGCAUGUGUUAGAUAUAUUGUAUCAUACAUUUCAAAAUCAGAGAGAGAAAUGGGAAUGCUCUUAAGCCAUGCUCAAUCUGAAAUAAAUGAGGGAAAUCAUGAUGCAAGAAAAAGUAUCAGACAGCUCGGAAAUGUCUACAUGCAAAAUCGAGAAGUAUCUGCACAGGAGAGUGUGUAUCGUGUAUGUUCCCUUCGAUUAAAAGAGUGUUCACGAAAAGUCGAAUUUAUUCCGGUUGGUCCAAAUCCUGUUAGAAUGAGUUUACCUUUACAUGUUAUUCAAAGUAGACCUGACGAUGAUGAUGAUGAUGAUAGGAGUCCAUGGAUGGCAAAUAAACUUGAUCGAUAUAAAGCUAGACCUAAUGGAAGUGAAUUUGACACUAUGUGUCUUGCAAAAUUCUGCGCAUGCUACAGAAUACUAACUGCAUCGCAAGUGAAAGGCACUAAAACAUCACCAUAUUUAUUUGAAUUGAAAAAUAAUUCGGGAUACAUUCAGAAACGAACAAGGUCUAGUGCUGCUGUCGUAAGAUAUCCACGAUUUUCUAAAAUACUUUCUCCAGAAAAAUAUUACCUCAGUAUAUUGCAACUUUUCCUGCCAUUUAGUAAUGAUGAGCAGUUAAAACCACCACAGUUUGAGACAUAUCAGGAAUUUUAUAAAACAGGUAAUGUCAAACUACAGGGAGGCAAUUUGGAAAGUGUAAAAUCAAUAGUAGACAAACAUUGUAAAGAGUACGAAAGAAAUUCAAGAGCCAUUGAACAAGCUGAACUUUUCAUGGACAAAUUUGGUUCUCCAGAAGAUGCGUGGGCUCUUUUAUGUCCUGAAAGUGAAAAAGAAAGACUAGAAAAUCCUAAGAACAAAGUUGAAAUGGAUGAACCAGAAUGUGAAUUGGACAUUCCAGAUUUCAAACAUGAAAAAAAGAAUGAAACUUCUAGUGUGGAAUUUCGAAGGCAUGGAAUUUCAAAACAUGAAUCAAAUAGUUUGAUUCGAUGUUUGAACAAUGAGCAAAAAGAAAUCUUUUACAAAAUUAGACAAUGGUGCUUAGAGAAAGUGAAUGGUACAGAAAGUCAACCUUUUCAUGUACUUAUUAGUGGUGGUGCAGGAACAGGAAAAUCUUAUUUAAUAAAAUGUAUAUACCACGAAGCUGUACGCAUACUUGGUAAAAUGAUGGUUAAUCCUGAUGACAUUUCAAUCUUGAAAGUUGCACCAACUGGCAUAGCUGCAUUCAAUAUAGAAGGAUCUACAAUUCACAGUGCGCUCUCAGUUCCAAUCAACGCCAAAUUUCCUUAUCGACCACUUGGUGAAGAAAGAAUUAACACCCUUCGUAAUAAGCUUGGACAGUUGCAAAUUCUGAUCAUAGAUGAAAUUUCCAUGGUAGAUUCCAAAUUGUUGUACUACAUACACGGUCGAUUAAGACAAAUUAAGCAAUCACGCACUGAUUGUCCAUUCGGUAACGUUUCGGUAUUGGCAGUUGGAGAUUUUUAUCAAUUACCACCUGUGAAAGGAACACCCUUGUAUAAGGAAUCGGUAGAACAAUCGCUGUGGUCUGAAAAUUUCAAAAAGGUAGAACUGGUUGAAAUAAUGAGACAAAAGGAAGAUUUGGCAUUUGCUCUACUCUUGAAUAGAUUGAGAGUUAAGGAAAAGAAAGACACUUUAUCAGAUGCAGAUUUAUCCAUCCUUACCUCUCGUGAAACUGGUGAAGAAUGUGAAGAAGAUAUGCACAUCUAUUCAACUAAUAAACAAGUAAAUGAAUGGAAUAGCAGAAUGUUGCACAGCAAAUGUGAAGAUAUUAUAUGUGUUAAAGCUGAAGACAGAAAUAACAGCAAGGAUAAUGACGAAAUAUGUACCGAACCAUGUAAAUCUAGUCAAAGUUCUUUGCCUCGCAAUCUGUCAAUUGCUUUGAAUGCCAGGGUGAUGCUUUUAAAAAAUAUUGAUACCAAUAUAGGUUUGACAAAUGGAUGUAUAGGUACAGUUGCAGAAAUAGUAAAACGAAACAACGAAUCCAAGCCAUACUGCAUCAGUGUAAAAUUUGAUAGCCAGAAAAUUGGCAUUCAAUCGAUCAAAAUGUAUGAAGAAUCAAUGGGUAAAAAUUACACAAGAAAGCAAUUUCCCCUCAAACUGGCUUAUGCUUGCACGGUUCACAAAGUACAAGGCAUGACUUUAAAUAAAGUAGUAGUAUCACUGAAAAAAAUAUUUGCAUCUGGACAUAGCUAUGUAGGCCUGAGUCGUGUAACUUCUUUAUCUGGACUUACCAUUGAAGAUUUUCAUCCAAAAGUUAUAUACUGUGAUCCAAAGAUUAAAAAACACCUUAAUGAUAUGACCAAUUUCUUGGAAACUUCUAUAGCAGAGGAAACAUAUGAUGAUGGUUUAUGCAUAAUGUUGCACAAUAUUCAAGGAUUAAAACAACAUUAUGUAGACUUACAAUGCAAUCCAACAUUCCUGAAUUCUGAUAUUAUUUGUUUGACUGAAACAUGGCUAUCGGAUAAGGAUGAUGCUUUUGAAAUAUUCUUAGCUCAUUUCAAAUUGUAUCAUCAAUCAAGAUAUAACUCUUAUUCUAUCACAAGUGACUCAAGGCAACAGUUCAAGGACCAGUCACAUGGAGGUGUUGCAGUUUAUAGCAAGAAUGAAUUUUCAAGCAGACUUGAUAUAAAGAUUGAUAAUCUAGAGUUUAUUGCUUUUCUUAUAACCUGUCCUGUUUCUGUUGUCAUUGCAGUUGUUUAUCGCCCUCCGACAUACAGAAUAAAAGACUUCUCGACACUACCGCCCCAGAGAUCACGUUUUGUCCCUGUAACGUCUUCGUCCAGGCUGCGUCCUGUGCCAGCAGUGCCACAGCCUCCUGAGACGUCCCUACAGCUACGGACGCCUCAGAACCCAUCACAGCAGUCAGUAACUUCUCGCCUGGUGAUUCCUUUGAUGUUAGCACUUAUCUGGUCAUCUAUUACCUUAUUGAUAAUGCUAGUUUCUACUCGACAUGCAGCUUUAAAGUCACUGUCACUUCAAGUGGAGUGGUCAUCGACAGAGAGAACCCCAUCCUGACCAGCUGUUUAACCGACAUCGUCGCCAAUGCCAGCCCUGGUACCUCGAUCCCGGUGGUUUUAUGGCUGGCUCCUGUGGCAUCAGACAACUCUGACUCUGUUUCCCUGACGGUCAAUCAACUACAAGGCAGUUCCAUCGCUGUUGGAUCUACUGAGGUCACCUACACAGCUAGGAACGAUUUAUCCAGGAACGGAUGGCACCCGACCAUCCUUCCUCAACUGG